AGUGUGAGCAUCAAUUAAUGGGGAUUUAAAUAAACCCCAACCCCCAAAAGGAGAAGAAGCCUUUGUAGCUGUAAUUCCACGCGCGCGUGUGCUUAUAUUUUUAUAUAUAUAUUUAUACGUAGACAUAUGCAUCUUCUCCACACUGGAAGCCUUGUCGAGAGCCAAUCACCGACACUGUGUCUUAUACGCGGAAGAUAAGCCAAUGAGCGGAGCUCAUGCUCUGUGCUUCCAGAUCUGAAGAAAAGGUGCAGUAGGAGAAGCAUCGAGGAUUGUUUAAAGAGUUAAGAAGUUGAAGCCAUGGCUACUGGCAAGUACACAAGAAUCGACGGCCGGAAGUCAUCGUCGGGUUAUUGUUCGACCGUUACCGUUGUGGUGUUCAUAGCACUUUGUUUGAUCGGAGUUUGGAUGAUGACAUCCUCAUCGAUCUUCCCUGUUCAGAAAAGCGACGUUUCGGAGGAGAACAAGAAUGGGGCGACCGAGAUCAAUGCCAAGAAUAAGAAGGAUGGCACUCCAGCUGAAAACAGUCGCCCUCGAGAUGGACAAGAAAAAGUGUUCGAGGACAACCAGGGCGACUUAUCGGAGAAUGCAAUGAAGUCGGACAACAAUGGGGAUUCGAAUCAGGAGGAGAAAAAUGAGAAGCCUGAGGAAUCGAAUCAGGAGGAUAAAAAUGAGAAGCCUGAAGAGUCGCAGCCGGGAACUGAGGAUAAUAAGGAAUCAAAAUCCGAGGAUGAGAAAAAAGACGAGGUAACAGGGGAUAAGGAAGGUAGUUCGAAUGAUGAGAAUGACCCUCAAAAAAAAGCUGAACUUCAGGCGGAGAAUAAGGACUCUGAACCUGGCUCGACUAAAGAAGAUAAUGGCAAUGAAAGCAACCAAAAUUCCGAAGGGAGCUCAGGGACGACUGAUGGAGAUAAACAAGACGGUGGUCAGGCAGACGAGAAAAAAGAUGAGAAGCCGGAUCAAGAUUCCGCCGAGAACAAGGAGAAACAAGGCGAAGUGUUUCCUUCCGGGGCGCAAUCUGAGCUCUCGAAUGAAUCUACUACCCAAACCGGAUCAUUUUCAACUCAAGCUGCAGAGUCGAACAAGGAAAAAGAUGCUCAAACUUCACCUGCGCAAGAGAAUCCGAAAAAAUACGCCUGGAAAAUAUGCAAUACCACUGCUGGCCCCGAUUACAUUCCGUGCCUUGAUAACAUUGAGGCAAUUGUUCAUCUCAGAUCGACUAAGCACUACGAACACAGGGAGAGGCACUGUCCCGAAAAUCCUCCAACCUGCCUUGUUCCCGUCCCUGAGGGAUAUAAAAAAUCUAUCGAAUGGCCUACAAGCCGCGAAAAGAUAUGGUACCAUAAUGUUCCCCACACCAAGCUUGCUGAAAUCAAAGGACAUCAAAAUUGGGUUAAAGUUACCGGCGAGUUCCUUACCUUCCCUGGCGGUGGCACACAGUUUAAGCACGGCGCUCUUCACUACAUUGAUUUUAUACAACAGUCGGUACCCGAUAUUGCAUGGGGGAAACGUUCCCGAGUUGUUUUGGAUGUUGGCUGUGGAGUAGCUAGCUUCGGGGGUUUUCUCUUUGAUAGGGAUGUUCUAACAAUGUCGCUGGCCCCUAAAGACGAACAUGAGGCUCAGGUUCAGUUCGCCCUCGAAAGAGGAAUUCCAGCAAUAUCUGCGGUUAUGGGUACAAAGAGACUCCCAUAUCCCGGGAGAGUUUUUGAUGUUGUUCAUUGUGCUCGUUGUAGGGUACCGUGGCAUAUCGAAGGGGGGAAACUUCUGCUGGAGCUGAAUCGAUUGUUGCGUCCUGGAGGUUUCUUCGUAUGGUCUGCGACUCCCAUCUACCAAAAACUCCCCGAAGACAUCGAGAUUUGGCAAGCCAUGAAGAAAUUAACCGAAGCGAUGUGCUGGGAAGUCGUUUCGAUAACGAAGGACAGGGUAAACGGAGUAGGAAUUGCCGUAUACCGCAAGCCGGCUUCAAAUGAAUGCUACGAACAAAGGGAGAAAAACGAACCUCCCGUGUGCCAAGAUUCUGACGAUCCAAACGCAGCCUGGAACGUGCCGUUACAAGCGUGCAUGCACAAAAUCCCCGUGGCUCAAUCAGACCGCGGAUCGCAAUGGCCGGAACAAUGGCCCGAGAGGGCAGGGAAAGCGCCUUACUGGCUGUCGAGCUCUGAGGUCGGCGUUUACGGGAAGCCAGCUCCGGAAGAUUUUCAGACAGAUUACGAGCACUGGAAACGCGUCGUGGAAAACUCUUAUUUGAACGGUCUCGGCAUAAACUGGUCGUCGGUGAGGAACGUUAUGGAUAUGCGAGCUGUCUACGGAGGAUUGGCUGCUGCCAUGAAGGACUUGAACAUAUGGGUCAUGAACAUCGUCUCCGUUGACGCGCCCGAUACACUACCAAUCAUCUACGAGCGAGGCCUGUUCGGAAUUUACCACGACUGGUGUGAAUCGUUCAGUACUUAUCCGAGAUCGUACGAUCUUCUUCACGCCGACCAUCUGUUCUCGAAAAUUAAAACGAAGUGCAACUUCAUGGCGCUGGUUGUGGAGGCGGACCGGAUUCUGAGACCGGAAGGGAAGAUCAUCGUGAGGGACAAAGUCGAGAUCAUCACGGAGCUGGAGGAGAUAUUCAGAUCGAUGCAGUGGGAUAUUCGGAUGACGUACGCUCGGGACAAGGAAGGGCUGCUGUACGCUCAGAAAUCGAUGUGGCGGCCGGAGGAACAGGAGACGCUAUCGUAUGCGUUGGCUUGAAGAAGAUGUGGCGGCCGACGUUUGUUUAGGUAAGAAGUCUGUUUUUUUUGGGUGAUGGAUGUAUGUCUGUAUGAGUGUGCCGCCAUGGUUGAGUAUCGAUUGUCAGGGAAGUUGAAGUGAAUCGGACAGGGACGAAGGACAGGUUAGUUGAAUUGCUUGCUUAGAUGAUCCGAUGUUGUGUUUUUUUUUUGUCUGUGGACGACGAUGAUGAUGUGAAAUUAGCCGUUUAGUGGCCAUUGAAGAGCAGUGAGCCUCUGCAACUAAUUACUUAAAUUGAGAACGAAGAUGGAGAUAACUCUGCUAUACUGCAUUUACUAUAUAUAUAUACUCAUUCUCUCUGUA